AUGCAAACACAAACAACAUUUAGAAGAUUUGGUGUUGAAGUAUAUAUAGAAAAGAAGAAAAGGAUUGGUUAUGAAGAUGGUUUAACUACAACAACAACAGAUGGUGAUGAUAGUACAACUGCUACUUUAGAUGGUGGUUCGAGUGAUCCUCAGUCAUCAGUUGAACAAGAACCUGGUACAGUGAUUGUUAAUACAAAAGGGUUUAGAUUAUCGGUGAACCCAUUCUUCUUUAAGAAUAGAGUUGAUUUCCAACAACUGACAAGUCCAAAGGUUAUAUCAGCUGCCAAUACAACAAAUACUGCUACCUCAUCGACUCCACAAACAUUUAUAUUGACUGAAGAUGCUGGUAUACCUAAACCUCUCAAUGAUACAAUAUUUGAUAUCUUUUCAAGAGCUCAACAUCUAUCUUCACUACAACAUGAAAACUUGUGUCAAUUUAUUACUGCUCAACCUUCUCAAAAACAUCAUGAUCAAAUGUUGGUAGUAUCAGAGGAUUAUCAAAAUUCUUUAAAAUCUGUAAUAGAUAAUUGUAUAAAUUUUACUUAUUUACAUUCUUUUCAAAUUGAAAGAGAGAAAAAAUAUAUAGAAUCAAAUCAAUUGGGAUUGUAUUGUUAUCAAAUAUUAAAAGCAUUAAGUUAUUUACAUAGUAAUAGAAUUACUCAUCGUAAUCUAUCAAUUGAAAAUAUUAAAUUAAAUCAAGAGAACCAUGUUAAACUUGUAAAUUAUGGAUUAUAUCAUUUAUCAAAAGAAGGAGAGAAUGUAUCAUUUCCAAUUGGUAAUCUUUUGAAUCUAUCACCAGAGUCGAUUCUACAAGCCGAUAUUAUUAAAGGAUCGAGUAAUCCAAAAUGUGAUGUGUGGGCAUUAGGAUGUGUAAUGUUGGAAGCAUCACUUAAAAGUUGUUUAUGGAAUGAUCGUGACCCAUCACAAUCUUUAAAUAGAAUAUUAUAUAUUUCAAAUUUACCUUCAAAUCAACAAUUUAAUUUUACAACUUUAAACUUUGAAUCAUCUUCUUCAUCCUCUUCAUCUAUUUCAUCAUCAUAUAAAUUAUUACCACAAAUUGAAAAAGAAUUACAACAAAUGGAAAAUAACAAUAACAAUGAUUCGUCGUCGUCAAAUAAUAAUGAUACAAAUAGAUUAUUUAAUAUUUUUGGGAUAUUAGAGGAAUUGGAAAAGAAUCAAGAUAAUGGAUUUGGACGUUUAGAUCAAGGUUUGAGAGAUGUCAUCAAAUAUUGUUUAAAUCCAUCACUUUUAUUUAGACCUUUUUCAAAGGAUUUAUUGGAUCAUCCCUACUUUAAUUCGUUCAAGUCAAAUGAUCCAUUCAAGUUGGAGUGGGUUGAGAAACCUUGUGUCAAAUCAUCUUUAUUGCCAGACGACCUUUUUUCAACACUCGAGAGCGAACAAUCUCUGGAAAAGAGACAAGAAGAGUUUGUAAUAGAGAGAGAACACUACGAUAUUUAUUCACCGCUAGAGAUAUUCUAUCUUUGGAAGUUGUCAGGUGGCGAUUUGGACAAGGAGUUGGUGACACAGGGUCUAGCGACACCGUCACCGUCGGUGCAUAAGCUGCCUCUAUUCGUGCCACUACUCAACACGACGAUAUCAGGUGACAAUGUACAAGAGAUGAUGAGGUUGGACAAGGAGAGUAAUGGUCUCGUUGCAACCAACCAGCGUGCCGGUGUGAAUGGCAUCAUUCACUCACGUACGACAAGUGUAUUAGCUAUCUGUGCAUUUGCACAAUGUACAGCUUGA